GUCGUUGAUGAAGUCGUUGUCGUUAAUGAGGCAACAGCGCCGAUGGUCAUUACAGCAUUCAAAGUUGUCGCAACCGAGUUAUCGCAACCGAGUUAUCACAACCGAGCUAUCACAGCCGAGUUAUCACAACCGAGUUACCAUAGCCCACAGCAGCAUAUCCCAACCCGCGGCCACCGCCUGUUCCACAACGGCCAAUCCGCCCAGGCACUUCUGCAACCGCACCCCGCCCGGUCCUGGAUUUAUUCGCAUCCGCCGUCGCCGUCCUUCGGGUUUGUCUUCUCCCUGUCCGCCCCGUCUGCCCUGUCGAUAUACCCUGCUUCUCGCCUCCGUCGGGGCCAGUCUCCGCCAGCCGUCUGCAAGCACCACCGCUCCGACUCGCCUCGUCCAUCGAAACCAUCCUCGUCUCUAUCGUCCGCAUCCGCUUCUCCAUCGCCCUCCAUGGACCAUUUCCACAGCCACUGGCUCGGAGUCGUCGGCUCCAGCGACCAGAGAGCCCCGUCCGCCUCGUUCCAGGACUUUAUCUCGUCCAUCGAUGUUGUCCUGCGAAGCGACCCCAAUGCCCGCCUUUACUGCCACUUCCCAGCACUCCCGCCCUAUAGCCCGCUGCCGCCCGACUAUGACCAAGCCAUCCAGUCGGCUCCCGUAUACGGCUUCCUGCCACCCGAACCUCCAACCGCCGAGAGCCUGCCCAAAAUCACCUGGGAUCCGACGAUCGACUCGGCUCCAAGCUCCUCCGAGACAACCCCGAGCUCCGGCCAGCCGGGGAGCUCCCUCGCCGUCGCUGCCGCCACCGCCAUGGCCAUCCCAACACCCAACACCCGGCCCGACAUCCCGCCGUCAGUGGUCUCGGCGUCGCCAACUGCCCGGACGCUGAGAUCGAUCCGGUCCAAAAUCUCUGCCCUGAGCCUCUCGAGCCUCCUGUCCAUCGGUAGCGAGUCUCGACUGGCCAGCCAGUCCGAACCAUCGCUCCUGUCGUCGUCGCUCCGAAGCCAGGCCUCCCGCCCCAACCUCACAGCUCUGGCGCGGCCAGAAUCGCCCGAGGGUUCCUCCAGGCCUGCCGCCGGCAGCUCGGCCAUUGCAUUGACACAAGCCCGCACGCUGCGGCAUCGAAUCUCGGACGAUCUGCAUCUGCUCUUCCGUGGCACGGUCUCGCCCAUGAUCCGCCGCCAGCGCUCGUCUCCAGCCAUGUCCGAGGCCGAGAACAGCUACAUGUCCCUGACAACCGCCAUCACCACCCUCAAGCCCAGCCGGCUGAUCCUUUCCAAGAAACACCAUAUACGCCACGUCUUUGAUGCGGAUGGCAACGUGAUCUGUCGAGUGCAGCAGGGGCGCGAGGUCGGUCUCUACGAGUUGGUCGACAACAAGAAAGCCAAGCUGGCUCAGCUGGAAUACAAGAUCACGCCCGAGAGCACCACCUAUCUUGGAAAGGUCAUCAUCAGCUCGCUGGUCCGAGAUUGCUGGAUCGAGAAGGGCACCAUUACGAUCCAGAAGCGCAUAUCGUCUCCAGAGCUCAAGGGUGCCCGGUAUAUGUUGAGCCACGUCGAUAGUCUGGAGCCAUUUUUCAUCACCAUCGCCGAGUACAAGGUCAGCCGAAAUCGAUACAUGAUGCUCCGCCAGGUCGGCACGGCCACGAUCAUUGGUGCCUUCAAGCUGCCGUUUGGCCAGAACACGUGCGAGAUGAUGGUCGACGUCGACACCUGCCACCGCGGAAGUUACCCGACCGCCGAGAUGAUGAUUGCCCUGAUGAUGCUCACAGACCUGUUCAUGAUCCAGAGAACUUCGGCCCUCACCGCGACCACGUUUAUGUAGCCAUUUUUGAAACGGGACACCCUGUUUUGUCCAGGACUGUCGGUUUGUUUGUUUUUUCUGGUCCUGAAUACACACUCG